AGUCAUGUGACUGGGGCUUGACAGGCGGCUUCCGAGAGGCGACUGAACUGUGGGGAUACCCGGGCAGGUCGCCCCAGGCUGGAGCGCGCGAGGGUCUGCAGAGGUCGCCCCUUCUCCCGCGCGGGGACCCCUUCUGUCCGGGCGGGCGGAGGCGUAUAGGUUGAUCCUGCGGGAGAAAGGGGUUCAUCAUGGCGGAUGAUCUAAAGCGAUUUCUGUACAAAAAGUUGCCAAGAAAGGAGUGCUUUAGGAAUGGGGCUGUCCUGCGUUCUUAGGCUGUGUCUCCGAGGAUUUGUAAUCCAGUAAAAAGAAUGAACACCCUACUUUUUCACCUCCUCUUUCGCGUUGAAGGGCUCCAUGCAAUUGUUGUAUCAGAUAGAGACGGGGUGCCUGUUAUUAAAGUGGCCAACGACAGCGCUCCAGAGCACGCCCUGAGGCCUGGCUUCUUGUCCACCUUCGCCCUUGCCACAGAUCAAGGCAGCAAACUCGGGCUUUCCAAAAAUAAAAGUAUCAUCUGUUACUAUAACACCUACCAGGUGGUUCAGUUCAAUCGUUUACCCCUGGUGGUGAGCUUCAUAGCCAGCAGCAAUGCCAACACAGGACUAAUUGUCAGCCUAGAAAAGGAACUGGCUCCAUUAUUUGAAGAACUGAUAAAAGUUGUGGAAGUGUCCUAAUCUAACAAUGGAUUUGAUGUCUUCCUUGUCUUCACCGCAACAACACCCUGACAGUCCAGCAAUCUUUAGACCACAGUAAUACUUUAUCUAUGUAUCCAGAGGGCCGCUCUUCCACCUUACACUAAAGGAGAGCCUGUAGCUGUAAUUUAUAGACAGAUCAAUUGUUAUAUUUAUGUGUAUAAAGUCUUUUCUUACUUAGUGAGAUCUGGGAACGCCACAAAAAUGGUUCAUUCUAGUGCAGCUCCCAUGGAGUUAGUGUGGAUGUCUGAUAAGAUAGAGUGGUGUCUGUCCCGUCAUUGGGAUCAGAGUGGCAGACGGAUGCUCUGGAGCCAGCAAGCACACCUGCUGCACAGUUCUCCCACGUCACAAGCCACAGAGACGCUUAUGAGAAUAAUAAUGAGGGCGUAUUUUUUUAAGAUUAUAUUUUAUUUCUUUGCAUUGAGUGUGAGGAAGAUGAAUGGCUUACUAAAGUAAUAAAGUAAGUACAAUCACUAACCUCCUCUGUCUGUGAUCUCCGGUAGAUGAGUAUUACUAAUGGAGUUGAUUCUUCUUCGAGGGUGCUGCUCUUCAGUGAGAACGCAAAUCACUGCUCAUGAUGUCUCUUCUCCUCUUUCCGUAACAGUGCUUUAAUGACUGUGUUCUUUCUACAUUGGACAUGCCGUGUUACUGAGUUCUGUUUCCAGUAUCAGUAUGCAUAUGAAAAUGACAGUAUAGCCAUUUUUUCAUACACAAAUAUAAAUAAAAUAGUAUUUUUAAAAGC